AUGCAAGUAACUCGCCCUCGAGUCUUGCGUUGGGCUUCUCCCUUCCGCCCUUCAUGGAAACAACCCUAUACAAGGAUAUCAGGGCUAGAUGACCGCCCAUUGCUCCGAAAUCAUGCCCCGGUCUCCGCGCGAGCUCCGCACCAAGCACGUAGCAAUGUUCGGAGCUUCUCGUCUUCUCAACACAAGGGGUUCAUGCUAGAUGCCGACUCUACAAUCUAUGCUCUAUCAACAGCUCCGGGUAGAGCCGCAAUUGCUGUGAUAUACAAAGCACUAUGCCCCAAUAAACCCCUCCCGAAACCGCGUUUCGCGGCGCUACGCACCCUCUACGAUCCUUCUCGCCCGCCCUCCCCAAGCACCGUCCUAGACGCCGGCGCCCUGGUCCUCUACUUCCCCGGCCCGAAGACAGUCACCGGCGAAGACGUACUGGAACUGCACAUCCAUGGUGGACCCGCUAUCGUAAAAGCAGUGCUAUCUGCUAUAUCACGCACCAGCCAGACGGACGCGGUAGUCCGAUACGCCGAGCCGGGCGAAUUCACCCGCCGCGCCUUCAUGAACGACCGCCUCGGCCUCCCGCAAAUCGAAGCCCUGGGCGAUACACUAUCCGCAGACACAGAGCAACAGCGACGUCUAGCUGUGCGCGGGGCCAGCGAUGCCUUGCUAAAGCGGUACGAGGCCUGGCGCCAGACGCUGCUUUAUGCGCGCGGCGAGUUGGAGGCGUUGAUUGAUUUCUCCGAGGAUCAGCAUUUCGACGAGUCCACUGAGGAACUUGUUACUUCCGUUGCGGGACAGGUACGUGCGCUGGCGGUGCAGAUUGGAUUUCAUGUGCAGAAUGCUAGUAAAGGCGAGCUUCUGCGAAGUGGAAUCCGUGUUGCGCUCCUGGGCGCGCCGAAUGCUGGGAAGAGUUCGUUGUUGAAUCGGGUUGUUGGGAAGGAAGCUGCUAUUGUUAGCACCGAGGAAGGGACUACGCGUGAUAUUGUGGAUGUGGGUGUUGAUCUUGGGGGGUGGUAUUGCAAGUUGGGCGAUAUGGCUGGGAUUCGGGCUGAAGUGGGCGGGUCUGGGGCCGUUGUGAUUGGUGCUGUUGAGAAGGAGGGGAUUCGGAGGGCUAGGGAGAGGGCUCUUGAAUCUGAUGUUGUUGUUGUGGUUGUUUCGUUGGAGGAUGUUGGUGGGGAUGUGAGGCUGUCUGUGGAACCUGAGGUCUUGGACGCCGUGAAUGACUGCGUCGAGGCUGGGAAAUGUCUCGUCGUUGCUGUCAACAAAUGCGACAAUUUACCUGCUGGCGAGAGGGGUGCAUUGCUGCCGCAGACUUUGGCGAAGACUAUUCAUGAGGUCUUCCCUGCUGUGCCUGCAGAUCGAGUUUUUGCUAUAUCCUGCAAUGAAGCCCAGCGCGGGUCGCUGCCUUCUGUUGGAAAUCAAGACUCAAGUCUGACGGACCCGGGCAAUCUACAGGCAUUUCUACGCGGGCUCAUUUCGACGUUUGAGCAGAUAGCCUCGCCGCUAGGCACGGAUGGAGAUGAAAGUGGUCAAUAUGAUAAAUCGUAUUGGGAAGAUUCAUUGGGCGUCACACAUCGACAAAGCUCGAAUCUACAGAAAUGUCUCGAUCACCUGAACGAUUUCUUAUCCCAGACCACCGCUGCGACCUCAAAUCCUCCUGACUCGUCUGAAUGUGAUUCCACCUUUGUCGAUGUUGAAAUCGACAUUGUGACUGCCGCCGAACACUUACGCUUCGCCGCCGACAUGCUGGCCAAGAUCACCGGCAAAGGCGAGAGCGGGGAUGUUGAAGACGUGCUCGGCGUGGUCUUUGAAAAGUGA